AUGAGUAAAUCUUUACCUUUAUCCGUCAAAAUCACCACCCCAAAGGGUUUAACCUAUGAACAACCAACUGGUUUAUUCAUCAACAAUGAAUUUGUUUAUCCAAAACAAAAGAAAACCAUGGAAGUUGUAUCUCCAUCCACCGAAGAAUUAAUUACCGAAGUUUAUGAAGCACUUCCAGAAGAUGUCGAGGCCGCCGUAGUUGCCGCUGAAGAAGCUUAUAACAACACUGAUUGGGCAACUGGUCCUCCAACUCAACGUAUGGAUGUUUUACUCAAAUUGGCUGAUUUGGUUGAAGAAAAUGCCGAAACUUUAGCACAAAUUGAAUCCUUAGAUAAUGGUAAAUCAUUACAAAAUGCUAGAGGUGAUGUCGCAUUAACAGCUGCUUAUUUCAGAAGUUGUGCUGGUUGGACUGAUAAGAUUUUAGGUACUGUCAUUGAAACUGGUAAUACUCAUUUCAAUUAUACUAGAAGAGAACCAAUUGGGGUUUGUGGACAAAUUAUUCCUUGGAAUUUCCCAUUAUUAAUGGCAAGUUGGAAAUUAGGUCCUGUUUUAGCAACUGGUUGUACUACUGUUUUAAAGACUGCUGAAUCUACUCCAUUGAGUGCUUUGUUUUUGGCUACUUUAUUAGUCAAAGCUGGUUUACCAAAGGGGGUUGUUAACAUUAUCUCUGGUUAUGGUCCAACUGCUGGUGCCCCAAUUGCUUCCCAUCCAAGAAUCAAGAAGGUUGCUUUCACUGGUUCUACUGCCACUGGUAGAUUAAUCAUGAAGGCUGCUGCUGAAUCAAAUUUAAAGAAAUGUACUUUGGAAUUAGGUGGUAAAUCACCAAAUAUUGUUUUUAAUGAUGCUGAUGUCGAUUCUACUAUUCAACAUUUGAUUACUGCCAUUUUCUAUAACUCUGGUGAAGUUUGUUGUGCUGGUUCACGUGUUUUAAUCCAAUCUGGAGUUUAUGAUGAAGUUGUUGCCAAAUUCAAAGCUGCAGCUGAAGGUGUCAAAUUAGGUAAUCCAUUUGAUGAAGAAGUUUUCAUGGGUGCUCAAGCUUCUGAUAUUCAAUUAUCUAAGAUUUUGAAAUAUAUUGAAUUAGGUAAAGAACAAGGUGCCACCGUUGUCACUGGUGGUGAAAGAUGUGCCGGUAAAGGUUAUUUCGUCAAACCAACCAUUUUUGCUAAUGUUCAUCGUGAUAUGGAUAUUGUUAAGGAUGAAAUUUUCGGCCCAGUUGUUAGUUUAAUCAAGUUUGAAACUGUUGAUGAAGCUGUUCAUUUGGCUAAUGACACCGAAUAUGGUUUAGCUGCUGGUAUUCAUAGUGAUAACAUUCAUACUGUAUAUGAUGUUUCUGCUAGAAUUAAGGCCGGUACUGUUUGGGUUAAUACUUAUAAUGAUUUCAAUGGUAUGGUUCCAUUUGGUGGUUAUGGUGCCAGUGGUAUUGGUAGAGAAAUGGGUGAAGAAGUCUUGCAUGAAUAUACUCAAGUCAAGGCUGUCAGAGCUGCUAUCAGACGUUAG